AUGCGAUGCGCGAGCAAGGCCGCCGAGAGCGCGUCCGCACGUCUCUGUGCAGAAGCCGAAGCAGAAACCAUAGCAACUGAUGUCGCAUCGGUUGCUGAAGCGACCCAGCCUGUGUCACUUGGUGAUGCAGGCGCUGGUCAUGAAGACACUCAUGUCUUCACAGAGUAUGAGCUCGGUGUCUCAUACUCUCCUGAUACGGAAGACGGAUCCGUAUCGACGGCGAUUGAAUCCAAGCCGCCUGCCAAGCGUGGCAUGGAUGAUACUACGCGUCGUAGAAUCUUUGGUUCAUCUGGUGAAUCAGAUGAACCAUCGCUGAAGCGAAGGCGCUCGAGAUCGCGAGACUCGGGCGCUAACAGUGGUGUCGGUUCUCCUAUUGACACCACUUCGCAACGAGGUGCCAGUACUUCUGUUUGCACGUCGCAAGAAGAGUGGGACCGCAGUGUGUUGCGACUCGCUCCCGAGAAGAAGGCAUGGAUGCCUCCAAAACUCGUCACGGAUCACUUGUCGGCGACGACGAGUGAUCGCUGUCAUACACGAUUGUUCGAUUCGUCAAGGAUCCAUCACCUUGACCCCAGCGCGAAAGACUAUCACACUGAACAUGAAUUCGUCAUCGAUGCUUAA